GCGGCGGCGGCCGAGAAGAUGGCGGACGGCGACAGCGGCAGCGAGCGCGGCGGCGGUGGCGGGCACGGCGGCUUCCAGCCCGCGUCCCGCGGUGGCGGCGAGCAGGAGACGCAGGAGCUGGCCUCGAAGCGGCUGGACAUCCAGAACAAACGCUUCUACCUGGACGUGAAGCAGAACGCCAAGGGCCGCUUCCUCAAGAUCGCCGAGGUGGGCGCAGGCGGCUCCAAGAGCCGCCUCACGCUGUCCAUGGCGGUGGCCGCCGAGUUCCGCGACUACCUGGGCGACUUCAUCGAACACUACGCGCAGCUGGGCCCCAGCAGUCCCGAGCAGGUGGCAGCGGCAGCGGGCGCCGAGGAGGGCGGUGGGCCGCGGCGCGCGCUCAAGAGCGAGUUUCUGGUGCGCGAGAACCGCAAGUACUACCUGGACCUCAAGGAGAACCAGCGCGGCCGCUUCCUGCGCAUCCGCCAGACGGUCAACCGCGGUGGCGGCGGCCCGGGGCCCGGCGGCCUGCAGAGCGGCCAGACCAUCGCGUUGCCCGCGCAGGGCCUCAUCGAAUUCCGCGACGCGCUGGCCAAGCUCAUCGACGACUACGGCGGCGAGGACGACGAGCUGGCUGGGGGCCCGGGCGGCGGCGCUGGGGGCCCCGGGGGCGGCCUGUACGGGGAGCUCCCGGAAGGCACCUCCAUCACGGUGGACUCUAAGCGUUUCUUCUUCGACGUGGGCUGCAACAAGUACGGAGUGUUCCUGCGCGUGAGCGAGGUGAAGCCGUCCUACCGCAACGCCAUCACCGUCCCCUUCAAGGCCUGGGGCAAGUUCGGGGGCGCCUUUUGCCGGUAUGCGGAUGAGAUGAAAGAGAUCCAGGAGCGGCAGAGGGAUAAGCUUUAUGAGCGACGCGGCGGGGACGAGUCAGAGGGAGAGGAGGUGGAUGAGGAUUGAAACGCCUAGCUUCCCCUACGGGCCUCCCCACCCCACCGCUAGAGAGCCCCCCUUCCUGUUCAUCCCAGUGAGCUAGUGGAGGGGGAGCAAGGGAGGCUCCAGAAGGAGAAAACAAAAUUUAAAAUAGUUAAUUAAAAGAAAUAACCAUAAGAGAGAACAGUCACGGACAAUUAGAGAAAAGCAGUAAAGUUCCAAGGAAUUGACAGCAACCUACAAAGAGAGGACAACAGCGCCUCCUCACCUGAGCAAAAGUCUCAGCUUCUGUUGCUUCCCAGCUGGGGUUCCUAAAUCCAUCAGGAUAAUCCUGGGUGGGGUAGAUCCUUGCACAUUGGCCAAGGAACACCUCUUGAGUUACCCAGACCCACUGAUGACAGCUGAAUUUGUAUUAUACCUGGGUAACCUGGUCUUAAGAUAGUGUCUGUCCCUUCACCUCCAUUGAAAUCAGCGUUUUGGAUCUAGAUCUUCAUGGAAUUCUUGUGAAGAGAGAGGCAUUUGCAGUUACCCAGUUCUGAGGGUACAAGUUUUAUGAAAAGGAAUGCAACUUUUAAGAAAUCAUAGACAGGGCAAAAUAAGAAUUCAAGAAGCCACCAGGGAAUACAGAAACAAAUCGGAUCCAUUUUUUUUUAAAUGGUUUUGCAUGGAACCUGGAACAAGGCCCAUGUCUUGUCUUUGCAGAAUUAUUUUCCGGGAUGCAAAUGGAUUCAGAUGUCAGUCCUUGAACUAGAAUCCGUUAUUAUAAUAUUUUGGAAGUUGGCAAAAUUUUUUCAAAGAUAAAAGCAGUUUUACAUUGGGGGUUGCUGAGGUAGGCACAAGAAGAAAUCAGGCAUAAAGCACAAGGAAAACUGUUUGAGUGGAUUGGUUGCUGCUCACUAAAGUUCUUCCCCGAUCUCCAAAUAUGGAGGUCAUGUCUUAGAUAUGAAUGAGAGCCAGAUCCCCGUGGCUCCACCGUGUGAGCCAGUGAAUUAUGGCUAAUUCGGCAGUUUCAGCCACUGGUUGGCUGGAUUUUAAACCGUAAAACUUGAAGAUAUCUACAAAAGGAACAGUGGCUACAAGCCUGAGCUUUAAUGGAAUAUAAGUCCUCACAGAAAAGUUCGAAAUAACCAAAACUGAAGUCUUCAUCUACCUUCAGUUUAAUCUGUGGAUUUGUUUCAAUACUAAAGAUCCUCAGGUCCAGAAUUCCAGCAACAUUUAUUCUUUUAAAACAGAUUUUUAAGAACUUGAUCCAUUGUAUCAGUACCUCACAAUCAAAGUUGGCAAACGAUGGAUGAGUGAUUCAAGCAGAGUGCCCUUUGGAAGCUGAAAUCCAUCUGAAUGGAGCUGAAGUGAACGUGAAUAUGCUGACUAUAUCCUGGAAGCAUUUUUAUACCAUCUUGAAAUUUCAACAAACUGCCUUUUGCCAGUUUAUCCAGCUGUCUUUCAAGAAUAAAAGUUGGGGUUUUCAAGGAUCGCCUCUUCUAUAUUUUAAGUGGAUUUUCAGUAUGAUCUUUACUAAUCAAGUUAAUCCCACCCCAUCAAAAGGUAUUCCUAGAAGUGUCAGAACCUAGGUAACUGAAUUGAAUGGGAGCUAAUGUUCUUUCCAAAGUUUUCAGGUAUACUUUGUGCAACACCUUCUCAACCAGGAGGCAAGUAACCCCACUUCCACAAUCUUAGUAUUUUUUUUUUAACUGCAUGCCUGCCCUUUAUUUGAGCUGCCUUUUAAUUUAUUGCAUACCCUUUUUAUUAUCUUAUUUUGGUAUUCAAUCUAUACAAUCUUUUUGUAUUUAUUGGGAAAUGAGUAAUAUACAAAAAGGUUUUCAUGAAUUAGUGGCUGAGAGGUAGGGAAUAAUUGUGUAUAUAAAAUUAGGCUUUUUUAAAAAUUAGAUUUGAUUCAGAAUAUCUGAUCUUAGAUUUUUAAAAAAUAGUGGAAGAGCCACAAACAUUGGUGCCCUUUUCAGACUAUUUCUCUACUCUCAUCAUCCACAGUAGACUUUUUAAACAGAUUUUUUUUAAAGCAAUUUUUUUUUUUUUAAUUUUUCUCCGUUGCA